GUCUUUUUCUUAUUCUGUGGUGUCCCUUUCUUUUACCAUCCAUUUUUAUUUAUUUUUGUUGUUAUAAUUUUGGUAAGAAAUUUUUUUCCUCCUUAAUUGCCACUCAUCAUCAUUCAAUCAAUCGCCUCCUUCCUCUAUUCUUGUUUUUCUUCACUCUUCUUAGUUUUGUGUGAAGUCAAACAUUCACAGCACAGAAGAGAAAGGGGUGGAUUUUUGAUGAGAAAUUGAAGAAGAAGAAAAGAUGAAGAGGCUAGUAGUUUUUGUUUUGCUCGUGGCAUUGAGCAAUGCUGCAGAGUACAAUGGGGUAUGCACUUCCGAUUGGCCAUUGACACCCCGGCCUCACAGUGUGUCCGUCUCAGAAUUUGGGGCAGUGGGAGACGGAAAAACAUCGAAUACCGUAGCAUUUCAGAAUGCAAUUUUCUAUCUCAAGUCGUUUGCAGAUAAGGGCGGUGCUCAGCUCUACGUUCCGGCAGGCAAGUGGCUUACUGGAUGCAUCACCCUUACUAGCCACCUCACACUCUUUCUCGAAAAAGACGCUGUGAUUCUCGGCUCUCAGGAUAUUCUGCACUGGGAUGUAGUUGAUCCUUUACCUUCUUAUGGCCGUGGCCUUGAGAUGCCUGGUCGAAGAUAUCGUAGCUUAAUCUAUGGGCAAAACUUAACCGAUGUUGUUGUCACAGGAAACAAUGGAACUAUUGAUGGACAGGGUUCUAUCUGGUGGGACCAAUUCAAUAAUCAUUCCUUAAACUACAGCAGACCACAUCUAGUCGAAUUUAUGUGGUCGAACAACGUUGUUGUGUCGAACCUAACAUUCUUAAAUGCACCUGCGUGGAACAUACACCCGGCAUAUUGCAGUAAAUUGCUUGUACAGAACAUAACGGCUUAUGCUCCACCCGACUCUCCCAACACUAGUGGAAUUGUUCCUGAUUCGUCGGAGUAUGUUUGCAUCGAGAACAGCAACAUUAGCACGGGUUACGAUGCCGUGGUGCUGAAAAGUGGCUGGGACGAAUACGGGCUUAGCUACAGCAAACCAACCACCAGGGUCAACGUCAGGAAGAUGCGGUUGCAAUCUUAUUCUGGUUCCGGACUCGCGUUCGGGAGUGAGAUGUCUGGCGGGAUCUCUGACGUACUAGCCGAGCAUCUUCACAUCCACGGCUCGGUUAACGGCAUCGAACUGAAGACGGCAAAGGGGAGGGGCGCGUACAUUAAAGACAUAUUCAUCUCAGACGUGCAAGUGGAAAAUGUGCAACGUGGAAUCAGGGCGUCAGGUCAGUUCACUAAUCACCCCGACGAUGAAUAUGACCCCAAUGCCCUCCCAAUCGUCGACGGCAUCACCUUUAGAGACAUCGUUGGCAUAAAUGUCACCACGGCCGGGGUAUUCUCUGGUAUAGACGAGUCCCCUUUCACAUCCAUAUGUCUCUCCAACGUCUCCCUUCCAGCCUCGUGCGAUCCAGCCGCAGCUUGGAUAUGCACCAAUGUCGAGGGCUCGUCCGUAAAUGUGUCACCCGAGCCUUGCCCAGAGCUCCAAGUCUCGUCAUCUAGCUCCUCCGAUUGCUUUGUAUUCUUGAGCCGAACGGUCAAGUUGCAUCCUCGUAAAAGUCUCACAUACUCGGUUCUUAGUCAUUCAUUCAACCGGUCCCUCGGGGCAUGCUAGCGCUACGUGCGAUCUUCGGGUCGGAUGGGGCAACGGCAGGCGAGAACGAAGCGGAAGCUUGUCGCUCCGAGUGGCGGUUUGCCGCGUUCGAUUAUGUGUACAGUGUCGGUUCUUCUUUCAUUCAUGUGUAAGAAAAGUUUUGGUAGUGCAAGGAGGACUCUCGGAUGUUUGUUUGUGGUUAAGAUUCAUUUCGAUGUUUAUUUGGUCAUUUUUCAUUCACAUUUGUACAUUCUUCUUAUUUGUGGGAUUGCAUUGAUUGAUUAUAGUGGGAAUUUGAAAAUAAAAUUUCACAUUUCGUGUA